UUUCAAAUUGGGCAGUCAUUUCUAAUCAGGCUGUACAGUGUCGUCUUGAAAUUUUACUCACUUGAGGGCGCUAUAGUGGAGAUUCACAAAAACUGAUAUGACUGUAUGUAAAACGUUACGUGUCAGAUAAUAAGUUACAGCCAGAUAGGCGGAAAUCCCAACAAACUGGUCUUUAUUUCAUUGAAAACUAACGACACCGAGGCAAGAUUUCGUUGGGAAUUGCAAAUCUAUAUUGAGCUAGACACAAUGGAGCGGUUGUAUCAUGAUACAAACAAAUUGCUUCAAGAAGUCCAGAAUGGUCUGUCAAGAGUGGAACAAGCUUCACCCGAAAAUGUCCACCAUGCAGAGAGUGAGGUUCAAACGAUGAUUGAUCGAAUCGUUAGUAACCUAGAGAGACUGGACAUCCUUGUCAACAAAGAACCCCCAACAAGAAAACAAAAUGCUAGAUUACGAUUGGACCAAUUAAAGUAUGACUGCCAGCAUCUACAAGCAGCAUUAAGAAACAUCCAACAUCGACAGUUCAUGAAGGAACAAGAAAUCAAAGACAGAGAAGAGUUACUAACCAGAAGAUUUGUUGCAAAUGAAGAUAAUACAUCCAUCCUGAUUGACCAAGAGUUACGUCAUAAUACAUCCCUUCAUGAUGCCCAUCUUGGGAUUGAUGACUUAUUAGGAGCAGGUGCAGCUACUAUUGAGAAUCUUCGCAAUCAGAGAAGUGUACUCAAAGGUACUCAGCGACGGAUUCUAGACGUAGCGAAUAUGUUGGGAUUGAGUAAUACUGUAAUGAGAUUGAUAGAAAAAAGAUCAUCACAAGAUACCUGGAUCCUUUUUGGAGGAAUGGCUGUUACGUGUAUAAUAAUGUAUUUAUGUUAUGUAUACCUCUUAUAACCACAAAGAGUCUCAUUUAAGGUUACCAGCCUUCGAUUUCAGGAAACUUUACAAUUGCCUAAAUCCACUUGGGCAAGUGGACUUAUGCAGUUGUGUAAAGUUUUGUGGAAUUGAUUUUAGGCCUGUAUUUCACAAAGCUGUUGGACAGAAAAUAUUGGACACAAUUGAUAAACUUAGCAACAUUAAGCAGGGAGCUAAUCAGUGUGUAUAAACACCUUGCUAUAGACCACUUCCGCUAUCUCUGAGAUCGAACAAUGCAAACGAGAUGUCUUCUUUUGACCUCAAUUUAAAUUCUGUCUUGUAAAUAUUUCUGUGCAAAUAUACAUGUUUAACAGCUUUAUGAAGUUGUUUCCUUGGCCCAUUUUCUUUGGGCAGCUUAGCAAAAUGUGUUAAGCAGGUUUGUCUGCUUAGCAUGAAUUAUCGGAGGACCAGACAAACACAAUAAAUACUAAUACUGUAUUACUGAUACUUUGCUUGGCUGAUCUGUUUCAGCAGCAUAUAAGAAGUUGAAAGCAAAAUAGUAAAAAAAUAUUGUGUUCAGAAGUAAAACCUUGUGACUUUUGCUGUCACAAUGUGUUAUCACUCUGCCAGGUUACUCUCAUAUAGUGGAGGAAGUCCACAUAUUUAUCUAAUUUAACCCAAAUGUAUAACAACUAAUCCAUUUGUGAAUGUCUUGUAACGUAUCAAAGGCAUCUCUGAUUCAUAAUGUUGAUGCAGUUUUAUACAAACACAGGAGUUACGCAAGUUACACAAGUAUAUAUAUAUCCCAUUCAUAGUGGAAAUCACUGGUACAGGAUCUGUGAUUCAAAUUAACCUAGAUUGGAGUAGCCUGAGUGUUUUACUUGAUUAUAAAGGCCUCCAAAACCUGGGUGACUCUUUCUGCAGCCACCAUCUUUGGAAUGAGUUUAACAUUUAUUUGAAUAAUGAACAACAGAGAACCAAAGCAUUUGGGAGUGUCGUGGCCGAGUGGUUAUGAGCACUGAAUUCAAACUCUGAUCAGCAGAGUGUGGGUUCGAAUCCCCAGC